AGGGAAGUAAGGUCUACUCAUACUUCUUCCGAUUUCAGGCCUUUCGGGAUUACCCUUUCUUCUUCUACACCUUCUUCGGGCUCUGAUCGUUCCUACUCUCACGGCCCUUCCCUGUCUCACCAAAACAUCGUCUUUUUCCCAUCUCUCACUCUGUUUCUCACUCAGUUUGAGCUUCCUCAUUACCCGAACAAGCUGGUCAUUGUGACCAAAUGCCUCGCGAUGGCUAAGAAUAAAACCACUUACGAGAUUACCAAGUCUCGCAUUAUCAAGUUUAUCAUCGGCAAAGAUAAGGCCGAACAUAAUGUCCACCAGGCAGUUAUUAGUCGCCUCUCCAAGCCACUCCGAGCCCUCGUUACCAACGGUAUGAGGGAGUCUGUGGAGGGCGUUGUUGUCUGGGCUGAUGUCGACUCCGAUACUUUCGCUCUGUUGAUGGAGUUCGCCUACACCAAGGAUUUCACCAUCACCGAUGAGAAGAAGGAGACAGUGCGCAGUAUCGAAACGGCUCAGUCGCUUCAACAUCGCGUAAUCUACUACGCAUGGCACUCAGAGAGCGGAGAGAAGAUACCAGGGGACCUUGAUCCGGCUUGGCAUCGCCUCAUUCACACCUGGCGAUCCGACGAAUUGGACAUUGUCCAUAUUCACUCGAGAGAGUACUUCAUGUCGCAUGCACGAGUCUACAUCUUGGGCGAUCAGUACAGCAUUCACAGCUUAAUGGAUGCAUGCAUCAAGAAGUUUCGUCGUAUUCUUCUUCGCCAUCCGUUUACCCACGAAUUCACGCAGAUCAUCUGCGACCUCAUGGUCUUCAUCUGGCCAAACACGUUGCCAAAUGACCAAUUUCGAGAACUACUCAUUGACUACUUGCGCAUUGAGUUCCCCAGAGCCUUCAAGUUGCCUUGCAUUAUCAAAGUCUUGGAAGAAAUUCCCGAGAUCUAUACAGAGGUUCUCAAUCGCUCGCCCGAAGUUCGAGAGGCAUUGGCUGAGUGUGAUCGUUUCAUGGCCAUGCAUCUUGAACCCAGAAACCGCAAGCCGCUGUAUCACAAACCCAGUUCAUCACUCAAAGAUUCCGCGUCUGCUCACCCAGAGAGAGGAAAGAGACAACGCUUGCUGCGAUUCUAGUGAGGGGACGAAUCAAAGGAUGAUAUAUGUGGCCUUGGAGGCCAUGAAACUUGCUGGAGGAGGAUUCUAUCGGAGAGCAGUUGCGACUGUGCUAUGGAGAGGGCCUGGCACAAUGUGAAUUCGUUAUUCGGAUGCACG